UCCUUGGUGUGUAUACCUCCGUGCAGCGAUGGCGACGUCCAUUGGCGACCACGUGGACGCCACCGCCGGCGCCACCGCCGAUGCAGCCGCCGAUGCAGCCGCCGAUGCAGCCGCCGAUGCAGCCGAUGAUGCAGCCGCCGAUGCAGCCGCCGAUGCAGCCGAUGCAGCCGAUGCAGCCGAUGAUGCAGCCGCCGAUGCAGCCGCCGAUGCAGCCGAUGCAGCCGAUGAUGCAGCCGCCGAUGCAGCCGCCGAUGCAGCCGAUGCAGCCGCCGAUGCAGCUGGGCCGUCGGCGACAGCCUCCCUCCACGAGGCGCUGUUCGGAAAGGCGCCGCCGGGAAACCUCCGUCACCACCACCGCCUCCGCUUGCGCCGCCCGGCCGUGUUUUCCGGCCUCGCCCGCUCGUGGCCGGCAAUGGGCUGGAGCCCCGCGGCACUGGCGGACGUGAUGGGCGAGCGCCGGCUCAUGUUCCGCGUCGGGCCCAAGCGGCGCCCUGCCGAGUCGGCGGCGGAGAUGGAGCCCGAGUUGGAGACGGAUUGCGGUCACGUCCUCGCCACGGUGGCGGAGUUUGUCGCGUGGGUCGCCGCCGACGGGGAUGAUGAAGGGGUGAAGGCUGGAGACGGCGAUGGGGACGACGGUGGAGACGACGGUGGGGAUGAUGAUGGGGUGAACGAACGGGUGAACGAAGGGAAGGGCGACGAUGGGAUGAACGAUGGGGUUAACGAAGGGGUGGGCGACAAGGGGGUGAACAAAGUGGCCAGCGACGAUGGGAAGGGCGACGAUGGGAUGAGCGAAGGGGCGAGCCAAGGGGGUUUGGGCGACGAUGGGGUGGCUGCCACAGGGGCGAGUCAAACGGCGGACGUAGGCGCGCUGCGUGGAGUGUCGCGCCGCGACUCGUGGCUCUACGCCGACUACAUGCACAUGGCGCUGCUCUUCCGGGACCACCCCAACUUGCUCAAGGGGCUGCGCUGGGAGGAGCUGGGCUUCCUGGGGCGCUCUGGAGCCGACAGCACGCUGUGGCUGGGCAGCGAGGGAGCCAACACGCCCUGUCACUUUGACACCUACGGCUUCAACCUCGUGCUGCAGAUCUACGGGCGGAAGCGCUGGCACCUGUUUCCCCCGGGCGACUCGCCGCUCCUGCAGCCGACGCGCGUUCCCUACGAGGAGUCGAGCGUCUUCAGUCGCGUACACCCGCUCAGCGUACACCCGCUCAGCCUCGGCCAGCGGCGCUCACGCCGGCUGAGCCGCGCUCGCCGCCACCGCAUCACGCUGCUGCCUGGCCAGAUCCUGUUUGUGCCGCCCCUCUGGUGGCACUACGUGGAGAGCCUGGACCAGGCCACGGUGAGCGCCAACACGUGGGUAGAGCUGGAGUCGGACCACGAGGCUCGCCUGCAGGAGGCCCUGGCGCGGAUCGUCGUCUGCGCCGUCAAGACCCAGCCUCACCCCGACAACCUGGCCCGCUGGCUCAACCCCUCCGAGGAUGACGACGUCAGCUACGAGACGAACCUCCGCUACCUCAACGCGGCUCUCCGAGCUCUGCCCGGCUCCUCGCGGUCGGAAGCCUUCCACCAGCACCAGGGCGGCUCCCGCCCAGCGAAGAAGCGCAAGGCCGACGAGUCGGCGCUCGGCAGCUGCUGCAGCUGCAGCUGCCACGGCGAUCGCCGCAGCCAGACUACGGGGGGCGAAUCUCCGUCGGAAGAUCACGAGGGGGGCGGCGCUCCCAGCAUGCCGUGCGGCGCUUUCCUCGUCCCGUCGGAUCCCGGUUCCGACUCCCCGACCUCCGACGAGGAGGAACCCGCGGCGCGCGAGAGCCAGGGGGUCGUUGCCGAGGGUGCCGGCGAGGACGUUGCCGUGGAUACGGACACGCUGUUGGAGUGCGUCGCUCACCCGGACGUGGUGAGGGAGAUCGCGAGGCUGCUGAGGCAGCGGCUCAACGUGUAGGCGGCUCGCUUGUGAGUUUAAAUUGCGAGGAAAAGAGAACGGAGCACGAGGCGUGCGGGGAGCAACGCACACACGGCGGGGGUUGUCAACUUAAUCCGGGUGUCGCAUCUGAGCGGUCGUCCGUGUGACUCGAUCGCCCGCCCGCACGCGACUGCUUUGUCCGCGUCUCGGCGGGCAGUUGCGUGGCUAAAGCGCGACUCGCACCCUCUCUACGGCAGCUGAGCCAGCCCCACCCGCUCUCGUUCUGCAUUGUACUGCACGGCGAGGGGGGGAGGCGAGGGAAGUGUGGUGGCAUUGCCGCCGCCCACCACUGAGAGGCCGGGGGAAACGACGGCGCGCCAUGGAGCUACGGGCCACGUGCGAGGUGAGCGUCCCCGAGGUCGAUGGCAGGCUCCUUGCCAAGGCCUCGGCCUGUAGAAGCCGUCAAAAAAGAAAUGUGCCGGUUGAAGCGGUGAAACGUCUUGGAAACAGUUCCACGACAGCUGCUUGUCCGUACGGUGGCUUUAAUAAAACACUUUACGAGGUCGCACUCAUCUUCUUGGUUCUUUCGGUAAAGUCACGUGACUUUAAAGUCACCUGACUUUACCGAAAGAACCAAGAAGAUGAAUCCCUGCAGUCACGAAAGCUUUAAAUCUAAAUUUCAGGUCGCACUCGUUACACACCAAGUGCUGGCCACAAAUGAACCACGGCGCCUCGCUGAUGUCGUCAAGGAGGAUAAACCAUCAACCUCUCAGCAGCAGCGGCAGCGGCUUUUGGCUGCUGGUCAUUGAACAAAGGCGGUGGUCACCGCAUGGUCGCGUGGCGCUUUCAAAUGCGCUGCUUCCAGGGGCGGUUUCUUCAUUAGGGCGAUUGGGCGACGCACCACCAAUGUCAUUCAACCACAGAGUCACGCUAGCCGUCACUGUGCCUCUGGAUAUAGUCCAAUCAGCGUCAUGUCACGUUCUGUGGAGUACCGCCUCUUUUUGGGCGAUUUCACUCCGGCUGAGAAUCGCCCCGAGUGGCCCCAUAGACUUACAUUCAAAGAUGUUUUUUUUCGAACGGGGGCGCUGCAAUGCAUUCUCUAUGGCUUCCGGGAGGGCUCGCCCUAACGUGCUUACGUCAUCAUACGUAAGCACGUUUCAUCCAACAAUAUAAUUUGUCGCCACCUUGUGGAAUCUUUAAUAAAAUAAACUUGAGUGGAUUCUAUUAAUAGUGAGUAUAGAAACAAACAAGGAGAUGUAUUGUAAGAGUCACUUUAUUUUUCAUUAAUAUUAAAGAAGUGAAGUUGCCUUUACAUGCUUAAGCUGUUAAUGUAUCCAUUGCAUGGGUGGACCUUAUCCUUAUCAAUCAUCCAGACAUUUGCCCCCCCUGAGAGAUUUUGCAGGAGCCGCCACUGACUGCUUCUGCAGCCGUCUGGAACGCUCUUCCUUCCGAUAUCAGGAAGCCACUGGAGCUAUGCAUUUUGAAAUAAUCUCGAUUGAAAACUCUUUAGAACUGCUUUGUGUGUUUAGUUUUUUGUCCGCCCCCCCCCGCACCUCUGAUUAAAACGGUUGGCUAUGUAGUGAGAAAUACGUUUAACAUACAUACUUGAUGGCGGUGAUGAUGUUGAUGGUGGUGAUGGUGGCGGUGAUGGUGGCGGUGAUGGUGGCGGUGAUGGUGGCGAUGAUGUUGAUGGUGGCGGUGAUGAUGGUGUUGAUGAUGAUGUUGAUGGUGGCGAUGAUGAUGUUGAUGGUGGCGAUGAUGAUGUUGAUGGUGGCGGUGAUGAUGGUGUUGAUGAUGGUGAUGGUGGCGGUGAUGAUGGUGUUGAUGAUGGUGAUGGUGGCGAUGAUGGUGUUGAUGGUGGCGAUGAUGUUGAUGGUGGCGGUGAUGAUGGUGUUGGUGAUGGUGGCGAUGGUGUUGAUGGCGGCGAUGAUGAUGGCAGCGAUGAUGGUGGCGGCGAUGUUGAUGGUGGCGAUGAUGGUGUUGAUGGUGGCGAUGAUGGUGUUGAUGGUGGCGAUGAUGGUGAUGAUGGUGGCGAUGAUGGUGGCGGUGAUGAUGUUGUUGAUGAUGUUGUUGAUGGUGGCGAUGAUAAUGUUGAUGGUGAUAAUGAUGAUGUUGAUGAUGGCGGCGAUGAUGUUGAUGAUGUACCUUGCCUUGAGUGGCCGCCUGACGCUUGGGACAGGGUUGUGUGUGUAUUAAACUACUUUCGCACCGCUCGUAGCCAACCAUGCUCAUCGGCUUCAGGAGAAGUCCAGUCCAAGUGGGGGCAGUCUUCACGUCUUCCGAUGGAGUAAGGGUCUCGACACUUUUAGCCUGGACCGGUCCGUUUCAAAAGCAUCGGGCCGUCUCUCGACCCGUCGUUUCAGCCACCAAGACCAACUUUAUCUCCGAUUUAGCGCGGUGCGAAAGAAAUUCAACACCGAGGUGGUUGAUGAGCGCCGCAGGUGAUUGCGUCAGGGGGUAGCCGAGUGGUGCAUUGCUGCAAUUCCUCCUUUCGGAAGUGAAUCGGUCAUCUUGUCGUUCCACGGGUUCCGUUGUUUUCCAGCCGUGUAUCGGGGUAUCCGCAUCGGGUCACACGGUACAGACAAAAACAGCACAAUGUUGAUGUAACGAAACAUUUUUGUUGAAUGAGUACAAAUGAAAUUAUUUCUUUAAGCAUGUUUCCCGAUUUUUUCUUUUAUUCACACACUAAACACGGUUUGGGUUACGUUCACGCGAUCAAACACCCGUUACUAUGUACAGCGCCUCGCAGGGUGCGUUUUGACGGGGUGACCAAUAGUCUAAAUUGGUCCGUAAUAACGUAGGGAGGGGCUGAUAAGGGGUUGACAGGUAUGAGUGUUUUUGUGGAAUGAGGAGUGGUGGGAUGAGUGGUUGCGUGAGACUGAUGAGGUGAGCGUCUUUGUGGGAGGAGUGGUGGGAUGAGUGGUUGCGUGAGA